AUGGCUGUGCCAAGCCUAGCGGCCGUAGCCUUCCAGCCUAGCCCGGCUUUGCCCCCGCGCCGCGUCACGCCGCCGCUGCGGCGACACCGUGGUGCGGUGGCCGCGCUCACCACCGCGACGUCGCGGCCUGGUCCCUGCGAGGAGAAGCUAAUCGACGCCCCGGACGACCAGAAGACCCAGGAGGACGUCCCGGACUACGAGAAGCCCCCGAGACUCUGGAAAACUACAAACAGUUACCAGCCGGCCACCUUCACCGCCUCCCCCGGCGCUCAGCUCCCGCGCUCCCCAGUUUCCCCUCGCUGUUUUCUUCCACGGGCGCCACCCGCCUCCGAAAGCGGUUUGCCCCCCCUCCCCCCACCCCAGCUUGAUCAGUUUUCGAACAACGCUAGAUCGCGAUCCAUCCACCAUUCCUCCCGUCGCCAAUUUGAGGGACUGGCGCCGCCGGCGGCCAGCUGCUGGCCAGGCCAUGCGUGUCCCCGGACGUCGUCCCGUUCCCUACUCCGCUCACACCUCCGGUCGCCGUCCCACGAGACCGAUCCGGAGCCCGUCGCCGUCGAUCCUCCUCCAGCCUGCCUUCCAAUCAGUGAGCAGAAGGCCAAGGACGUGCUGCUCUACCACUACAAACACGCAGCCAAAAGGUUCUCUGCAAAGCUCACCCCAGCAGAUCCACGAGUUCCAGAAUGUUGUGAUGAGCACCUAAGCCCCCCAAUGCUCCCAAGCUUGGGGCAUGUUCUUAUUGUGGCAGCAACUAUUGAACAGGAGGAGUUUGUAGCUGGACAGGUAUGCCUUGAAAAACAACGGAUCGCUCGUCAUGAGCAACUUUGAACAUUUACAGAGGAGGAAUGUGAUGGAAUUUUCUCUUUUCUUUUCCGGCUCAAGACCUUCUCGU